UGCAUCAUGAUCAACGGUACUGGCGUUACCUAACUCAUAAUACACAUCGAAAGCACGUGGACAGGGUUUGUGUAUCAGCCACUGAUCACAUGAUAAAACUAAUAUGAUUGGCUGAUUUUUACCGUGCCCCCAUUUUGAUUGGGCGAAACAUCCCCGCCCUCGUAUGGAUGAGCUAAGCACUGAUCGUUAUUCGUGACUACUGUUUAGCGAUGUAUUUGGUGUACACUCCUUGGUCGAUGAUGGUUUGCGAGUUAUUUCAGAGGAACUGAUUAUAAAAAUUAUCCAGGAAUAUUUGAGAAAUUUCACAAAAGCAAAUAUGGUGAUAAAAAAGGGAAAGGACCACAUCACCAGUUGCAGUGACCCAGUUGAGCGUGAUGCUGUGGAAACACUACUGUCCAUGGGCAGUAUACAGAUGGUUCAGGAGGGCAAGACUGACAGCAUGUCUGGUAGCUCCAGUCCUGCCUACACCCCCUCCAUCAGUCCCGAGGGCUCUGUGUGUUCCUCCCCACCCCCAUCUCCAUUCAGUGUAGGAUCCCUGUCUGGGGAAGAUAGCAAUGGUAGCUACAUAUGCCAUGACAUGCGCCGAGAGUCCAAGUUGGCACAAUUACUUAGAGAACCAAAGCCAGCAGAGGAUACUGUCAUUACCAAAGGUCGCCGUGUCUCAGUCAUUGUACCCAAUCACACAAGUCAUGCACGACUGACCAACAGUCCCACCUUUGCUCUACGGGAACGGGUUGUCUCUACAUCCAGUGACUUCUGUCGUUCUCCUGAAAAAGAUUUAUUUGUGGGCAACAUGUCUCAGUCUGAUGUGAUAGGCCUAAAGCCAUUAGAUGGUACAUCAAGUAAUGGUUUAUCCAGACUUGUAGCUCCGUUCAAUCUCAACCAAUUACCACAGAUCCCUGUUAAUUUAAAUGGACUUGGAUCAAAUCAGCAGCCCAUCAUCCAAGUGAUCGUGGUGAACAACUCACAGCAGGUGGCAGCCCCAUCUGCUUACCGGGCAUGGGUUGACAGACUAUGUCCGAUCGCCCCAGCACCGCCUCCUAGUGACCGUAAUGGGAACCACAUUGAGCAGGACCAGUUGGAUCGGAGUCGACGUCGGACUCAUGCCUGUACUUUCCCUAACUGUAACAAGACAUAUUUCAAAAACUCCCACCUGAAGGCACACCUCCGCACCCACACGGGUGAGAAGCCUUUUACCUGUGAUUGGAAUGGGUGUGGCCGAAAGUUUGCUAGAUCUGACGAACGUUCCAGACAUAUUCGAACACAUACUGGCGAGAAGAACUUUACAUGUGAAAUCUGUGACAGACGCUUCAUGCGAAGUGAUCAUCUGCGGAAACAUGCUCGCCGUCAUCUCUCCGGCAAAAAAUGCAAAUCUCCAACCUCAUCAUCAGACAUUUCCCACAAUUCAGAGGAGUCUCGAGAUAGUCAGCUUUCAAUGGAGUCAGAAGAUUCAAAUCAACAAAGUUGUGGCUCCCCACAGCUCAUGGACACCGAUUCUUAGCUGAAUGUGUGUGGAAUGUUAGCUUAAUAUGUGUGAAAUGUCAACGAGAGUUUAGUGGGAGUUACAGAUAAUAUAGGUGAAAAUGAAUGACAGAGAGAAAUAAUAUAAAUGGAUGGAAAAUGAUAUGAAAACGAGAGAGAGAGAGAGAGAGAGAGAGAGAGAGGAAAAGUUGUUGCAAGGAUUGCUGUAAAUAACUUUUGAAAUAGUUAACUGAAGACAUGAACAAUGGUAUGUUCAACUUUAGUAAGAGUGAGUCUUUGUUUUGGGGGAAUCAAAAGAAAUUGAUUAAUCUGAGAACAUGGGAGAAAAAUUCUGACACUUGAAACCUGUUAUUGUUCAAUAUGAAGUUUACUUGUGGGAAAACUGUUUAUAUCAGUAUAUAUGUCCUGUGAUGCAUUGCCUGAUGCAAUGUUUGUUUUAACGAAUGCUCCAGUGUUGUAUAGAGGUCAACUACCUGAAAAAAACUUCGUAACCAAACACUGAUAUUGAAAACGACAAAUGUGAGCUAUCAAGUAGAAUUCAUAUUGUACAAUUGACAGUUAGGAUUAUUGAAAAGUGAUUGAAAGGUGUAUCAGAGGAAAAAAUGUACGUUUCGAUUUUAAAAAUGUACGUUUCGAUUUUAUCUUUUUUUUCUUCUGCUUUCUACUUAUUAAUACAUGUGUCAAACACCUAUUGUAUGAGCUACGUUUUUGGCAGUUGAAAGAUUUCAAGUCCAUUAAUUUUGUACAAGUUUUUGAUUGUAAAUUCAAGUUGCCAUACUUCUUUUUUUUGUAGUUUUAUGAAAUCAAAUUAUCAAUGCCUAAGAUUUAUAGGAAAAAAUAUGUGUUACUGAUUUCAGAAUUAAAGUUAUCAGCCUAUUUCUGGCUAGAAAAAUUGUCACUUUUUCAAAGGCAAAACUAGAAAGAAACAUACAUGUUUGCUUGAACAGUCUUGUUAAAUGAACUGGAAGCAAGUUUUUGAAGUCAUUGUUCAAAGAAAUGGCUUUAUCAUCACUGAAUCAUAUCUUUAGCUGCCAUGCAUACUUUUUGAGACAUUUAGACAAGAUUGGUGGGUCUAGAUGUUUCUUUGCACACAAGAAUGAUCAUGUGUCAAUUUUUUGACACUUUUUGUUGAUUAAAAAAAACCAUUUUUAAAACAUUGUGCAAUACAAUUAUUGGCUGUUGACCAUAUAUGUUUAAGCUAAAUCAUGAGUCCUAGUCCCUUGUAUUUCGACAGAAACAAUGUAUAUAUAUUAUAGAACCGGAUAACAUUGUAAACAUAAUAGUCCUUUCAAUGUUGAUCGUGUAAAUGUAGUGUACUCUAAUUUGUUACUUGUUUGUAUUCAUAGUAAACUUUGUCAGUUUGUCUUUUGAUACUACAUAACAAAAUGAAAAUAUAUUUUGUGUAUUUUCACCACAUAAGUAUGUGGUAGAUAUGUACUGUUAAUAAUGGUUUUAAGUGUUUUGGUAUUCACUGCUUAAGUUAAUUUAAUGUAGUCUAUUCAGACUUGUCAAGAUAUUCAAUUUUGCAUUAUUUUACAAAUGGUAAAAAAGACCUGUUUCAGAUGUUGUGAUUUAGUGGUAAAACUGAGAUAUAACAAACUAUAUGGUACAUGUGUUUACUUAGAUAUAUUUAACAUAUAUAUCUAUCAGUCAGGUUUUUUUCAAUUUUGAAUCCUGACUUUUCUUUUUCUUCCACUGGAGAAUAUGUUCAUGUCUAUUCUACCAAGUCCAAUGUACGGAAAGGUUAUUAUGUUAAGUUGAUAAGGCAAUGUGACCUAGACAUAACGGUACUAAAAUUUGGCUGUUUAUUUGUGUACACCUUCACAGGCUUGUGAUGGGAUCAGAUAUGAUGUGUAUCAUAAAGAUCUAUGUAUACAUUGUAUAUAUAUAUAUUGAGAUUUACAAAUGAGAAUUCUCAAUUGGAACAGCCUGUGUUUUUAAGGUGUAUGGUCUGUUACUGAUAAGAUAUCUUUUCAUCACUGACCUGCUAGAAUUACAUUAUACCUACCACUGGCUUUUUGCUUUCUUUGCAGUUAUGAUAUACUUGCUAAAAUUUACAUUUUCGGACAUUUUACACGUCUGUAAAUAGUGGCCUUUUCCCCGCAAAUUACAGAAGCUUAAAAUUAAAUAAGACAACAGUGUACAAGUUGAUGGCAGAAGAGGAUAGUUUUUUUUUGUGUUUGUUCAUUUGCUACCUACCAUGGCCACUUUGUGACCUACUGGUAUCUUAUAAACCUCAGGUGUAUAUCUCCCUCGUGACAUUGGCAUACAGGGACCAACUGAUAUUUUAUUUGUUUACUCAUACUACAUUUUGUGUGCUGGCUAUCGUUUUGUUCAUUACUUUUCUAGCAUAUCGUAUACUCAGACUACCAUGCAGUGAAACAACGCCCAUCACAUACAUUUUAUGUAAUUGUAACACACAGAGAACAGUCUGGUAACAUCACAUAUUUACUGGGAAGGCAAACAAUUAUGGUUUCAUUUCAUUUUUUCAGUCAAUUGGCAUUAUUUGCAAAUGUGCUGCUGGUUGAACAAAUGAUAAAAAUGAUUUCAUACUUGUUCCUAUCCUAUCAAUGUGAUGAAACUUGCUGAAACACUUUUCAUUGAAAUAAUGGGAAGUAAUUUGACUUAAAGAGUUGAUAAUCCAAUUUUCUUGGAUGUCAAUUUCUAAAUAUUUCUGUUACACAAAUUCACCACUUUGAGUUUAGCUAGUAAAAGUGAUGUGGUGAUAGAAAUCAUGUGAUAUAUGCAUGUGCACUUUGAAGGGGUAAUCCUUUUUAGUUUAAUUGACUUUGAACCGUAAAUAUUUAAAUGGAAAGUCUUGAAUAUGGGAGCUCUUUGAGGGAGCUUUUUCCUUUCUUCAAUAUGUUACAUUGAAUAUCUAAAAUCUUCAAAUUAAAAAAAAAAAAUGUGAUGUGAAUUGUUCUUAAACAUUACAGACUUAUAAACGAGCUUUUCAGACAUUUAAUCGUAUAACUGAUCUUUAAAUGCUUAAUUGGGAAGUUAUUUAACAAAUUAGAAAUUUUCAAUAUAAUAUUUGCAUGUAAAUGUUCUUUAUGUUUUCAUACUUCAAAAGUGUUGUUCUAUUUAUUGUCUGUACAUUACUUAUAAGAGGUAUAUGUUCACUUGGACAACCUAGUCACCAGUUAUAAAACGUAGUGCUCCAGUAGUUCACUUACCAGAAUGCUUCUAAUGCAUUCACAGCAAAUGUUCAAUGUGUACUUUAGAGUCGGUUUAAUUUGUUUCCAUUUGUAAUUUUUUGUAAUUUAUUAUUUAUUUAUAUUGCAAUCUCCAAUGCAGUAUUUUUAUA